AUGUCGUAUCGACACAAAAUUGACGAAUCUCGUGUAGCUGAGGCUUGCAAAGCCGCCAGUCUUGUUGAAAACCCGAAUUUGUCGCAAAUCGCAAGGCAAUAUGGUGUUUUAUAUGGGCCUCGUACAGCACCAAAACCAGAAAAUAGAGCUCUUGAUGAUAUUCAGGAGGAAGCCUUGAUUCUGUAG